AUGCUGUCCUAUCACAGUAUGACUGAGAGCCAGCGCGAGCUGUACGACUGUUUCAAGAAUGAGGAGGAUGACGUUCAAAGCCUGUCUGAUGAUGAGAUUGGCGACGCAGAAGCACAGGCGAUCGCUGCAGCACUCAAAGUGAACACGACGCUGACUCAGCUCGAUCUGAGCGAGAAUCAGAUUGGCAAUGUUGGAGCGCAGGCGAUUGCUGAGGCACUCAAAUCGAACAAGACGCUGACUUCGCUCUCUCUGGGUAAGAAUCAGACUGGCGACGCUGGAGCGCAGGCGAUUGCGGAGGCACUCAAAGUGAACACGACGCUGACUAAGCUCAAUCUGAGUUGGAAUCAGGUUGGCGAUGAUGCUGCCAAGGCAUUCGCAGAGGCACUCAAAGUGAACAAGACCUUGACUAGGCUCAAGCUGCACCAGGUUCAGAUUGGAGAUGCCGGAGCGCGCGCGAUUGCUGAAGCACUCAAAGUGAACAAGACGGUGACUGAGCUCGCUUUGGAUGGGAAUCAGAUUGGCGAUGUUGGAGCGCAGGCCAUUGCAGAAGCUCUCAAAACGAAUAAGACGUUGACUGCGCUCGAUUUGUCUCUCAAUCAAAUUGGCGAUGCUGGUGCGCAGGCGAUUACCGAGGCAAUCAAAGUGGGAACGACGCUGACUACGCUCGAUCUAAGCAAUAAUUGCAUUGAUAGUGCUGUUGCUCAAUUGAUUAUUGAGGCAAACAAACUCAAUAUUGCUGAUGUCUAUACCUACGGUCAGUUCAACCCUCUCGUACUGUCUUUACUUCCACGAUUAGCAAGCGCCGAAGACACUCAUACCGUGUUUUGCUUGCUGACCAGCGGACUCGAGCUGGAGAAUCAACCCGCGUCUCUGCCAGCUCUCCCAGCCGAGAUUGCCGAGCUUAUUGUGGACGAAGCGCACUACUGGCAAGGCGUGCAGCACAUCAAGCGAUCGCAGUUUGAUGAUGAUUCCCCCGACUUUAUUCUCAAAGUCACCGUGCCUCAAGGCGUCAAUGGGAAUUCAAUCCGUGUGAAAGCAAUUCAAGUGCUUCGUGACUGGAACAAACGUCCCAACAACACCGAUGACAACGUCUUUGAUCUGAUUGUCCGAGAUGAACAAGGUGCUGUUCGAUACAAAUUCUCGGAGAAACCGACUGUCGUUGAUCGGACCCUCGAGCUUGUGACAAUCCUGCGAGCGAGUCAUCCUGUCAUCCGACAAAUGCGUGAAGGUUGGCAAGUUCAAGUUCGACCCAGCAAGUUUUAUCGAAAUGUACAAUUUGAAUCGCUUUAUGUGGGAUAUGUCUAAAGGGCAGAGAACGCCGUUGUUUUGUUUUGAUUUGUUUUUUUGAAUACAUGUUGAACGUUCCCGA